UGCUAUAACCUGGUGUUGUGUGAUUUUUAACUUUGUAGACCCCAGUCUAACACGGGCAUCUCCAAAGCAUGUAUAUUUUGACGGCAGAGAUCCAUGGAUUCUCGCCAAGCAAGGGACAGGAAGCUGCAUGUGCGCCUGAUUCCGGAUUAAUCAGGUCAACUAUGAGCUCACUAAAUGGCGGAGCAGGUAUUACGAAGUUUAAACGCCACCAGCUGCCCAAGUCAGCUUUGUAGCUGCAGUCCCCCAGCUGGGACUUUCUGGGACCACGAAUCCGGUCGCACUACCGCGAAACCACUGAGUUCCCCGAGACAGGGUGGCCUUGGAGAAGGAGAGGGGGAGAGAGAGCAGGGUUGAAAGUUCCAGACAGUGGAUCGCACGCAACGCAGGGAGGAGUUCCCGGUAAUUUGACCAGAGUUUGAACGAGGGGGAGAGGAGGGAGCCGAAGGCGCACUGAGAGAGAUUGCUAUUCCCGGUGGAUGGGGAGGCAGACAGUGGGCGGAAAGGGGAGAGGGGCGUGACGCGGAGGGAAUCCCGGUGUCUCAGCGUUCCGAAACUGACGGGGAUGGGGCGGGGCCUCUGACGUCACAGAAUGGGGGGGACGGCUGACGCAGAGGGAAUCCCCGGAAAGCUUAAAAGACUUGUCUGUCGCCAGAGUUACGACAGCAGUCCCACAGUGGGGAAUUGCAGCCAAGCUCUUGACCUGUCUCCUUCUCCUGAGGAGGGCAAUAGGGAUGGUAGCCCUGGUCUCCGGGAUCACCCCGGUCGAUUCGGCCGGCAGAUCCUGUCUCCUGUGCUCGGUCUGCCGCUUUCUGCUCAUCAAACCCAAACAGACCGAGUGUGGACACCGAUAUUGCACAGCCUGCCUGGAGAACUUGUUCAAAACAGAUAAUGAGGCAGAUUGCCAUGUUUGUCAGCAGAAGGUCUUCCGUUCUAAGGUCUAUCACGACAGAGCCGCCGAAAAUGAUGCUUAUGCCACAAAGAUUCAAUGUACAGCUUACCGGGAUGGUUGCGACUGGACAGGAACACUGCGAAACUACCUGCGCACACACCGAGCCCAGUGCGAUUUCCACGUAGUCCCGUGCUCUAAUGUCACGUUCGGCUGUGAGACCGUGGGCCCCAGGAAGAAGAUGCUAGCACACGAAACGCAGGAGUGCGAGUGGAGGAUGGAACUGUGUCCCCGGUGUGAGACCUUCUGCACUCACAAGCUGCUGGAGGAUCACAUCACGAUGUGUACCAAAUGGAAGGAGACUUGUCCAGUCUGUGGCAAGACAGAUUUAACAAAGGCUGAGUUGGAGGAACACUGUGACCCUGAUCAUGGCACCUGUCCUGAUGCCCAGGUCUCCUGCCCCUUUAAGGACAUUGGCUGCCUGGAGAAUCCUCGGAGGCGGGACGUGGACGACCACCUGCGGGCCGGGCAGCCGGAGCACCUCCUGCUGAUGCUGAAGAGGAGAGGCGGGCCGCCGCUCGAGGGGGGCGCAUCGGCUCCAGCCUCGGGGGAGCUGAGCGCCCUGGGGCGGAAGGCGGACGCCCUGAGCCGCGAGCUGGAGAGGUACGCCCACCUGGUGGAGGUGCUGCAGCGGCGCUGCCUGCAUUCGGAGCAGCUGGUGGCGGGCCUGCAGCGCCGGGUGCGGGCGCUGGAGGGAGCCCGCGAGCAGCCCGCCAGCACCAAUGGAGUGCUCCUCUGGAAGAUCCGGGACUUUGCCUCCCGCCUGGCGGCGGCCAGGGCCGAGCGGGUGACGUCAUUCUACUCUCCCGCCUUCCAAACGCACCCUUUCGGCUACCGCCUGUGCUGCCGCCUCUACCCGAACGGCGAUGGCAACGGCCGGGGCAGCCACCUCUCCCUCUUCCUGGCCGUGGUGCGCGGCGACUACGACGACGUGCUGCCCUGGCCGUUCCGCCAGCGGGUCACCUUUCUGCUGCUGGACCAGGCGCAGCAGAAGCACCACCUGCGGGAGUCCUUCGCGCCGGACGCGCUGAGCGGCUCCUUCCACAAGCCGCAGAGCCGCAUGAACGUGGCGAGCGGCUGCCCCACCUUCGCCCGCCACGAGAUGCUGCACCGGGAUCGCAGCCCUUACCUGCGGGACGACACCCUCUACAUCAAGGUGGUGGUGGACACGGCGGGGCUGGUGCCCUGAGGGUUGCUCACCUCUCUCCACCAACCGUCCCCAUCACCACCAGGGGACUGUCACUCUCCACCUUCCUUCCCACCCACCCUAAUCCCACCACCGCCAUUAGGGGGACUGUCACUCUCCACCUUCCUU